AGAACACUGGAUGGACCGGAGAAAGAUGAAUGUGACAGGGCGAUACAGAUACCCAACGGACACCAACAGGUUGGAGGAAAUGGGAAUACAAGGAGAAGCGGGGAAGAGCGAGGGAGAAACACCCAUCCACCAGGUGAUGUAGAGGGAAAAAAGGCUGUGGUGUGUGUGAACUUUGAGAAGAAACUGUUUCAACAAGCCAGUCUUCUCUCCCUGCUGAACCCAAGCGUCACAGUGAAGAGCGGUGAUUUCCUGGUGCUGAAGGGAGCUUGCUGGGUCGACAUUGGCCGAAACAGAGUGGUCAUCAUGGCUGACCAUCCUGACGACAUUGAUGUCUUGCCUGAGGAAAUUGUUGUCGGUUUUUCUCAACUUUUGGCAGAAAUUAUUAGAGCUACCCAAGCGUCCCAAAGAACGGAAGAAGCUUAACUCUUCCUGUGUACUGUUUUCAAAAGUAAAAGUGGAACUUACCGCCCCUCCCGUCCCAAUAGAGGAUAUUCAAUAUGUUCUUGGGUACGUUUCUUUUGAAAAAAAAUAUUUUUAAAAAAGAAAUAAAAAAA